UUCUGCUCUGCUCUGGCUCUGUAUAUAAAUAUAUAUAUAUACCCAUGAACUAUUCCAAAACACAACUUAAUAUCCAAAUCAUUAAACCAACCUCCUUGCAACAACAGAAAGAUGCAGGGGUCCUUGUGCAUCAAACCAACCAUUCUUCCUCUUUCUUCACCACCACUUUUUUCUCCAAAGAUCACUCUUCUUCUUCCUCAAACCAUCACCAACACUAAAGCUUCAAGACUCUCAUCUCUCAGAUCAAAUGCAUCAUCUCCUUCAACCUCUGAUCCUCUCACCGUUGACUAUGACUCCCUCCUUUCUGUUUUCCCAGCCGAAGCAUGUGAAGUGAUCAGCGGAUAUGCAUGUUCAGCUGAUAUUUCCCCUGAAGUCAAGCUUGAAACAAAGCCCGUCUCACGUCCCGUGGUUUCAGAACCGGUACUCCGAGAAUACCUAGAAUAUAACAACCCCAAAACUGUUUUUGUAGAAGAGGCUUGCGAUGAUCUUGGAGGAGAAUUCUGCGAACCUGACUAUCAAAAAGAUGUAUAUUAAUUAGAAGAAGCAAAAGCUUUUUAUGUGAUGUUAAUAUGUGUUUGUAUCUUUACAAGUCUCUAUAACCACUUCAUCAAGACUAAAGUUGUGAAUCAGACCCCAAGUUUCCAAAGUUAAUGAAACAG